CCUGGUGAAAACCUACGUUGCCUGCUCAGCUGCUUCCAAACACUGUAGCAAACUGAAUUAGAAUGCAGCUGUAGAUUGCCGGAAGUGCUUUAAAAUAAUGCAUGUGGCAUCUAUGCAGUUUGUGUGCCCGCCGAGAGCUUUCCUGCUUUGUGUGAUCGUGGGCUUCUUAAAUUUGCAUUGCUCCUGUGGAGAAAAGGAGCUUUCUAUUCAGCUAAAUGGAGCCGAUGUCAACAUGACCAAAGGCAGAUGGCGUCGAUCUCCAAACAAUCCACCACAGCCCAUUGAUUGUAUCCUUUCCAGCUGGUCAUCAUGGACCACUUGUGAACCUUGCCAGAAGAAAAGGUACAGAUUUUCCCAUGUGGAACGGCCUUCUCAGUUCGGCGGUGACCCAUGUGAUUACUCUGACAAAGAAACUGAAGACUGUGUUACAAGCAGACCUUGCAGAAAUACAGUUAGAUGCGAAGGCUUUGUAUGUGGCACAGGAAGAUGCAUCAAUCGGAGGCUGCUAUGCAAUGGAGAUGAUGACUGUGGAGAUCAGUCAGAUGAAAGAAACUGUAAGAAAAUACAUAAAAAGUGCAACCAGGAGGCAGAACAAUACUGGGGAAUACAGAUGCUGGCAAGUGGGUUGAACAUUUUCACAAACAAUCUAGAAGGACUGGUUUUUGAUCAUAAAUAUUAUGCUGGAGCAUGCACUCCACAGUAUAUUGGGGACACCAGUUUUAGAAAACCAUACAAUGUAGAGAGCUAUUUGCCGCAGACCAAAGGCAAAUACGAAUUUGCAUUGAGUGAGUUUGAAUCAUAUUCAAGUUUUGAACAGAGUAUCUCUGAGAGAAAAACAGUACAGGAAAGCUUCAGCAUUGGAAUAAAAAUACCAAAAGUAUUUGAAUUUGGCUACAGUCGGGAUGACAGCAGGUACAAGAAGUUUAUUCAGAGGACAAAAAGAUUUUCUUCAACGUCUAGCAAAUUUAUCCAUGCACGUUCAGAGCUAGAAGUUGUCCAGUAUAAACUGAAGACGCAGAACUUGAUGCUUCACAAUGAGUUCUUCCAGAGACUUCUACAGCUGCCUUUAGAGUACAGCUAUGGAGAAUAUCGAGAACUCUAUAGAGACUAUGGAACACAUUACAUCACCGAAGCAACCCUUGGUGGCACUUACGAAUAUACUUUGAUCAUGAAUAGUGAAGAGCUUCGGAAGGCAGGUUACUCUUUAAACGAUGUCCAGUCCUGUACACAGCAUGGGGUCAAAGCUAGCGCAACUAUUUUUGUUGUUCGGGUCAACGUGGGAAUAACAGUUGCAGAUUGUGAAGGCAUUUUAAAAGAAGUUGGAGAAGACACAGCAGAGAAGAAAUUUGUGGAGGACUUUGUAGCCCUCGUUCGUGGAGGUGCAAGUGAACAUAUUGCAGCCCUGGCUUACAAAGACCUGCCAACUGCAGAACUGAUGCAAGAAUGGGGAGAUGCUGUUCAGUACAAUCCUGAAAUCAUCCGGAUGAAGGUGGAGCCUCUUUAUGAAUUAGUGACUGCAUCCACUUUUGCAAAUGCAGUUACCCUGAAGGGGAACAUGAGGCGUGCCUUGCACGAAUUCCAAGCAGAAACGAAUGGCUGCCGUUGUGCUCCAUGCCAGGGCAAUGGAACCCCCAUUUUGAAAGGAACUCGCUGUGAAUGCUUAUGUCCCUUAGGACAUCGGGGUGUUGCCUGUGAGGUCACGCAAAGAACAGGUGUUGCUAUAAAUGGGAACUGGAAUUGUUGGUCCAGUUGGUCUGCCCAUUCUGGAGGACAACAGACAAGAAGGCGAGAGUGCAACAAUCCUAGUCCACAAAAUGGUGGCAAGACAUGCUCAGGGCUAAAUACUGAAACUGUUUAGUAAUUAUUUGGACAUUUGGCAUAUGGACAUUUUCAUAAUUAUAUGUUCGCAAAUUAUGACAUAAGUUUCUCAAAAUUAUUUAGGCAAUUAGUGGACACUUUCAGUGGCUGUGUCCUGGUCCAAAAACAUCUCUCAGACACUGAGGCAUGUAUGAAGGUCCUCUACUUUUCCUGUUCCAUUUAGCAGAUAAAGGGGGCCAGGUCAGCUCUUGCACCCCUCCUCAUGAGCAUCAUGGCCCUCCUUCCCCUUUGGUGGAACUUUAGUUGUAAAUCUGGGUGAACAUGACCCUUUGGAUAAGAAUGUAUAUUUAAUGGAAAGUGUAUUAUGCAGUUAUCAAUUCAGAUCAUACAACAAAUAUUUUUAAAUAACUGUCACCAACAGUUUUUUGCAUACUAACCUUGUAAUAUUAAGGAUCAUCAUCUGCCAGUCUAAUAUUAGGAAAUGUCUACCUUUUUCAGACAGCAAAUAAAGCAAAAUAUAGCUUA